AUGAAGUUCUCUAUCCUUCUUACUGUCCUCCCUAUGGCCUUCGCCGCCUCCGGGGCCCUUCAGGCUAAGAAUGCCGCUAGAGACGCAGCUAAGCUUGCUGCUAGAGAGGACGCCUGCAUUAAAUACGAUUAUGUUUACGUUUAG